AUGAACCAGCUCACGACAGAAAAGCUUCAUAUGUUCAGAGCGGUGAAGAGGAGUGAAGAGGCCGACAAAAGGUUCACUGGAGGAAUACAGGGUUCCUACUGGUUUCCUGUUUGCAUUCACACCGCCUGCCGGGAGAGCGGCGAGCGGCAAGUGAGGCUACAGACACAGCCCAAAGUCCCCUGUGCUCGGUAUGUGAUCUACACAGGAACGUAUGACUGCUUCCGCAAGACCGUAUCCAAAGAGGGUAUCCUCGGCCUCUAUAAAGGUAUGGGGGCUCCCCUGGCGGGAGUGGCUCCUAUGAUGGCCAUCAGUUUCUUUGGGUUCGGCCUGGGUAAACAGCUCCAGCAGACGGACCCUGACAAACCCCUAACGCAAACUCAGAUAUUCCUGUCUGGCUGUCUGGCGGGCGUCUUCACCACCGUGAUUGUGGCUCCAGGAGAGAGGAUCAAAUGUUUACUGCAGGUUUGUUCUUCACGCUGAUUAUUUUACCCAUUAAAUCCAUUUUGUCGUCAUUGUUUGAUUUGUACAGAAAAUAGUGGAAAUAGUGAUGUCGUCAUA